AUGAACGCGGAGGAGGUUUUGCUAGGGUUUAUGCAGCCCGAACAGCGAGUCCCUCGCUGGUUCUUUCCUUCCAAAGUCGGGGGUUUUCCGCACUGGCAUUCUUUGCCUCCGCCAGGGGACUUGUUCUGCAGUGUAUGUACACCCCAAGUGCCCCUCACCCUCCUCGUCCAGGUCUACGCGCCGGAGGAGGAGGGCCCGGCUGCUUCCUUCCACAGGUGUCUCUAUUUGUUUUGCUGCUUGUCUUGUGGGGUCCACUUCCGCGCGGUGUCUGUACACCUCCCCAGGGAAAACGAGGAGUACCCCAACUGCGCAAUCUCCACUUACUUCGAGUCCAAGAAGGAGUUUUGGAGACUCUGGCAGCAGCAGCAGCAGCAGCAGCAGCAGCAGCAGCAGCAGCAGGAGCGGGAAGAGGGAAAGAGGGAGGAGCAGAGCAGCAGCAGCGGCGGCGACAGCCAGAACGGCAGCAGCAGCAGCAGCGCAGACGCGGCCGCAGCAGCGCCUGGCGCUGCAGCAGCAGCGCCAAAGCCCCAGCAGCAGCAGCAGCAGCAGCAGCAACAGCAGCAGCAGCAGCAGCAGAAGCGGGAAGACGGAGAGAGGGAGGAGCAGAGCAGCAGUAGCGCAGACGCGGCCGCAGCAGCCCCUGGCGCUGCAGCAGCAACGCCAAAGCCUCAGCAGCAGCAGCAGCAGCAGCAGCAGCAGCAGCAGCAGCAGCAGCAGCAGCAGCAGCAGCACCAGGUCAUUGACAUGGCCACUAAGCUGCGAGUCAUCAGGCAGCUGCAGCGCGGAGAGCAGCAGAGACACUUUUGCUGCUGCCCCGUGUGCGGGCUGGCUGGCGGGGAGACAGUUGGGGAGACAGAUCUUGCUGCUGCUGCUGGUUUGCUGCAGCAGCAGCUGCUGCGGGAGGAGCGGCGGCUGCAGAGCGUGCUGCAGCAGCAGCGCGCAGCAGCAGCAGCAGCAGCAGCAGCAGCAGCAGAAUCUGAAGAGGAGACAGAUGUUCCAAAUGUUGUGGAUUUAGAUGAAGGAAACUUCGAAGCAGAAGACACAGAAGCAGACCAGCGGGGUUUGCUGCUGCUAGACGCAGAACACAUCAAAGCGAGCAAAGUGCUGCACCCGCGGUGCCUGAAGCGGCUCAAGUUCGGCAGCGUUUUUGUCUCCUUUAAAGAGAGUCCCUUGCGGGCGGAGACAGAGGACUUGGGGUGUACAGACACCUCGCAAAAGGAGACACUUGAGGCGCUGCUGCUGCGGCUGCAAAAAGGAGACAGCAGCAGCAGCAGCAGCAAACUCUCCCACGAGGAGCAGCUGCUCCUCAACUACCACCGAAACCCACCGCAGCAGCAGCAGCAGCAGCAGCAGCAGCAGCAGCAGCAGCAGCAGCAGCACGUUGGGCGCGCAGAGGAGGAGCUGGACUGCUCGGAGUUGGCGGCUUUUGAGGAAAUUCACUUGGAGACAGCAAAAGGAGACAGACAGCUGGAGUUGUUUUUGCAAAGAGUGCAGCCGCAGCUGCUGUCGUUUCUGGCGGAGGGCGUGGGAUCGGAUCCCGCAGCAGCAGCAGCACUGGAGCGGCUGGCCUUCGGGGCUCGCCGGGGGGGCCCCGGGGCCCCUGCGCCGCCGCGGGCUCGAGCUGUACAGACACCUGGGGACGACGGCCUCGGCCAGGAUGCUGCUGCUGCUGCAGCAGCAGCAGCAGCUGCUGCUGCUGCUGCUGCUCCUUUGCUGCCUCGGCUUCUCGCCGGUGAGUCUCCCGAGCAGCAGCAGCAGCAGCAACAGCAGCAGCAGCAGCAGCAGCAGCAGCAGCAGCAGGGCUAG